CUUGUUACAGCCACGCGCGAAUGACAACGUCAUCGUGCGAUGCUUCCUCUGUUUAAAAAGGUCCAGGCAGACACUUGUCACAUCAAAGUUUCGCUGUGUGGCCCUGUAAUGAGUGAGUAUGUGACACUGACAGACUGAAAGCAACCAUGCGCAGGCAGAUCAAUAUGAUCGCGGUUAUCUUUCUGCUGUGUGCUGUCGAGCUUCACUGCUCUCAUGGCAUCGCAGCGCAGAAUCAGGCCUGUGCGUCCAACCCUGAGGCGGCAUGUUUUGUGCCAGUUGACUAUCUGAAUGCGUCUGGUUCUGUGAGCGUAGAAGUGUGUCCCGGUAAGACACUCGUCAUUUCUCUGGAGCAGCUCUCUGAAUUCCCUGUUUGUCAAUGGAUCAAAGGAGCAGACACAAUACUAACCGUAAACGGGAGUAGCUCCAUGGUCCUAUCGGCGCUGUCUGAAACAGAUUCUGGGGAGUUUACGCUGAGCUGUGAAAGUAGCGAAGGGACCAGGAGGUCUCUGGCUGUGUCUCUGCGUGUAGUAAACAAACGUCCCACAAAACCAAAGCUGACACUGUCCAAUGUGGAAGAUUCCAUGCGUUCCCCUUUAUUUACAUGCAGCUCUGAGGGCUGCCCAAAGCCCACAAUUGAAUGGUCUGGAAACAAACGUGGGGAAGAUGUUCCUGCAAAAGGUUUAAUGGCAAUUAGCAAAUUAUCCAGUAUAUACUUAAUGAGUGAAGCGAUGUGCUGUGCUACCAACGCCGAAGGACAAGAAUGCUCUCCGGUUUAUGACUACGACCUAGACACUGACUUAAGUAAUAAUGUCUCUACUCCCAUCCUGAGCCCCGGUCAGUCUCUACUCCUACGCUGCCGAAUGAAACGUAUAUCAUGGGCAAUAAGACCUGAUUGGGAGAACAGCUCAAGAGUGGGUACCAAAAUAUCAGCAUGCUCUUCUCAAGUCAAAGAGAUUUGCACCAAGGCGGAUAGCCACGAUGGCCUUUUUAUGUCCUACCUGUUGAUCCGGUCUGUUAACGUGCACCACAGCGGGACAUACACCUGCAGGACUACUAACAACAAAACAAAGUCUGUGGACAUCCGAGUCCAAGCCGAGGGCUUGGUCUCUGUCCAGCUAGACGAGAACCUGACCAUAUCGGCUGAGAAUGCGUCCCACCACUGUUUGGAGGCCAUUGUUUCCUACCAACAUGUGAUGCAGCAAUGCUCCUGGGAAGCUCCUGAUGAAAAAGUGACUAAAUGCCAGAGGGACACAUGGGUAACACAUCACAGGAUCGUGAAGCUACGGGAUGGACUUAAGUCAGGAGAUUAUAAAUUACACCUGAAGGCUGACGGACAAAAAGUAACAAAGACUAUAUCAGUGUGUGUUGUAGAGAAACCAAGGAUCCAUUUCAAUUAUUCUGGUAACAUAACCGCAUACACCGUCACUCUUGUUCCAGCAAAAUACACCUGGAUAAAGUGUCACAACAGCAGCUGUGCAAAUGAAUCUUCCUGGGUGGAGUUAAAAGACACCUCUCAGACGGACUCGGAUGACAAAUGUUACAAGACAAUCAAGAGCUUGCUCAAGAGAGAUCCAGCUCCUGGAGAACGUUAUAAGUUUUGCGUGACAAACAAAUUUGGAUCCUGGUGCGAACCCUUAAACAUAUUAAACAUACAUUCACCCCAACCCGCCAAAGCUACUGCAAAUGCUGAUGACGGCCUCUUCAUGGUGCUGAAAGUAGGCAGCUUGUUUCUGCUCCUGGCUUUAGCAAUGGUUAGCCUGGUUCUCAUGUACUUCAUCAAAAAGAAGAAACCCCGGUAUCAGCCCCAGCUCCAGAUCAUCCAGAUGGUUGGACCCAAUGACAACGAUUACAUCUACAUCAACUUUAAGGAGUUUGGGUACGACCUGAAGUGGGAGUUCCCCAGGGAGAAUCUGGAACUCGGUCAGGAGCUGGGCUCCGGGGCUUUUGGCACGGUGGUCCAGGCUACAGCUUAUGGCAUCAACAAGCCUGGAGUCUCCCAGCAGGUGGCCGUCAAGAUGCUUAAAGAGAAACACCAGACGCUGGAGAAGGAGGCGCUGAUGUCAGAGCUGAAGAUGCUGACUCACAUCGGUCACCAUGCCAACAUCGUCAACCUGCUCGGCGCCUGCACAACCUCAGAACCCACGUACCUGAUUUUCCAGUACUGCUGUCAUGGAGAUCUACUGAACUACCUGAAGACCAACAGAGAGCGCUACCACAAGUCGGCGACCGACGCCUUCAACAAGAUCCGCUUCAGCAACCUUUUCCACCACAAAGUGCAGCCCAACAGAACCUCUGGCGAGGAGGACUCAGCCGUGGGAAACUACAUGCCCAUGUAUGGCACUGCCACUAGAGGGCAGGAGGACAUCGCUCUCCUGGGCGACAUGGACAGCUACGAAGACGCGAUGAUCGACGAAGACUGCGACGAGCAGACGGAGGACCUGCAAAUCCUGACCUUUGAUGACCUGCUCAGCUUUGCCUUCCAAGUGGCCAAAGGCAUGGAGUUCCUCUCCUCCAAGAAUUGUAUCCAUCGGGACCUGGCAGCUCGGAACGUGUUGGUGACAAGUGGCAAGCGGGUGAAAAUUGGUGACUUCGGUCUGGCCAGAGACAUCGAAAACGACUCCAACUACGUCGUGAGAGGAAAUGUGCGCUUGCCGGUGAAGUGGAUGGCACCGGAGAGCACCUUCCAGGGGAUCUACACCGCCAAGAGUGACGUCUGGGCUUAUGGCAUUCUGCUUUGGGAAAUCUUCUCACUCGGUGUCACUCCGUACCCGGGCAUGAAGGUGGAUCACACCUUCUAUACGAUGAUCGAGAGAGGAUUCAAGAUGGAUUGUCCAUACUACGCCAACGAGUCUGUCUACGGCAUGAUGUGUAAGUGUUGGUCCCUGGAUCCCAGCAACCGGCCCUCUUUCUCCAAACUGGUGUCCUUGAUGUACGAUUGGCUGACGGACGGAGAAGAGAAGCUCUACCACAACACGUUCGACCAGACGUCCGGCGACUACCAGAACGCCGCGACCAUUUUGGACAUUUCCGCCUUGGCAAAGCAGGGCGACAACAAGACGCAGUCAGCCAACGAUUACCGUGGCCUCCGUGCGACUGAGGAAGGAAAAGACGCGGCGUCUGACGCGGAGGCAGCUGACGAGAAGCUUGUGAGGCCGCCUGAUACCGAGUGAUCCCCAGAUGAUCGUGUGUGUGUGUGUGUGUGUGUGUGUGUGUGUGUGUGUGUGUGUGUGUGUGUGUGUGUGUGUGUGUGUGUGUGUGUGUGUGUGUGUGUGUUAACAGCAAUAAUCUCAGGAUUAAGAGUAGAGUGCACUUGCUUAAUAUUUUUAUUGUAACAGAAUUUGAAUGAUAUUGUCUUAUCAUAUAUUUUUAUUGUGCAGCUAAAAUAGGGAACAAAUUCUCAGGACUAUAGACAUAAGACUGUAAGAUAAGAAGUUGUUAAAUGUUUAGGGAUUCGGCCAACAUGUAGCAAUUUAUAAGCUUUUAUUUACCAUAUACACAUCAUAUAUGUUGUUAUGCAGUGAAAUAUUAUGGCAUUUAUUUUGUUGUGCUCUCUUAUAUAAUAUCAGCAGCUAUUACUUGCAGAUAGAAACCUGUUUAUUUUAUGUUAGUUUCAGAAUUAUACCUGCAAUCAAAUAUACUCAUUCAUAAAAUAAAUGGUGAUCUGUCAACAGUUCAACCACCAAAAAAAUGUUUGCUUCUUGCAUUU